AUGGCGCCCAAUUCGGCCGCUCCUUCGAUGAGGGUCUCUGGUGAAGGGUAUGGCUCUAAGGGUGCCACGUCGAGGAUCCGCAGAGAAAAGCUGACAAGCAGCAGUCUCCAGGUGCAGGGCACUUCGCAUGCACUCGAGAGGUACCGGACGGAUCCGUCACCGGGCGUCGCGGAGAGACUUCUCGCCCGCGCGGCCAACGGGCGUGACAGUGGCGGCGGCAGUGAGGCAGCGAAUAAGGGCCUGCAGGAGCUGGAAGCGAUGAUGAAGCGGACGACGCGGGCAGUGACGCCUCGCAGCUGA